AUGUUCAUGCGUGAGUCCGUUCAUGACUGUAACAAAUUCUUUCUCUCGCUUCGCCGAAGCUUCCUGGUGGACGACCUUCACAGUAAAACGGUCGUUCUUGCUCUGAUUCGAGCCCUAAUUAGUGGCUUCGUCAUGGUGUUUUGGGUGAAUACAAACUUCGAACACUACCCCGAAGGAUCUCUUUCCCUUCAAGUUCUUUUGUUCUUCAUCAGAUUCGAUUGGAAUUUGGUUAAAGAAUCCAUCAUCCAAGCUCUGGAAGGAGUCCAAACCAAAAAAGAGUUGGAUGAACAGUCAUUGGUAUUUCAGAUUGGGAAGUCCUCUGGAGACAAAGGGAUGUCUUUGUCCGCGAAAGUAGGAAACUUCACCUUCAGGGUCCUAAGUCUACACCAGUGCAUCAUCUUGUUCACACUUCAUAGUACGAUUCAAGACGACCUGCAAAUCGUACCUUGA